CCAUAUGCGUAAACGCCUUCCGCGUAUCGACGACGAUUAAAUUACCGAAUUAAUAUAUCAAUUUAUUGAAAUCGAGGGGAACCGCGUAUAUCGCUAUCGAAGUCUUCACAUGGGAUGGAAAGAAGUCGAUUGCCGAGCAAAUGAGACAUUCAACCAGUGUCCUCCAGAUCAUGGGCUGCAAGGCUUUAGUCAGUCCGCAUGCAAAAUGGCGGAAGAGUAUCAUCACAGUUGCCGCCUUGUUCUAAGUACACCUCGGCCCGAUCUUAGCUGCAGACGCAUCACAUGGAGAAAUGAUAAAGGAUUUCACCGUGGCUGUACCCAAACAAUUCUGCGCCCACAUACUUAAUUGGCAGCGUGUUUCAACUCCAAGACCCGUCGAAUUGGAUGCAGAGUUAAGCUGUGCUGGAAACUGGAAUAUCAUCCUCUAAAGCUUGUUCCAACUUCCUGGGAUAGACCACCAGCGAUAGCACGGUUGCACCAUGAGAAUUGUAAAAUACAUCCUGCCAGCCCUGAGCGCGUUUGCCGUCUACGCGAUAUGGAUUUUCUCACGCGACAAUGGCCUCUUUGAGCUUGUUGACCAGUCGAUACUCGCCAAGACACUGCCGGGCACAAAGGAGCCUUUAAGGACGAUCUAUGCGGGUAUAGAAGCUGUUGACAGUACCUUGACUCUCCUGGGGGCAUUCUUUUGGACUGUAUUCGAUGGCAGCAACCCGUCCUUGACCCUGCAGGCAAUCAACUUUUCAGGCUCUCUGGGCGCUGCCUGGGUCCUGGUUGUUCUGGAGUCAUGGAGAAACGCUAACAGCUGGUCAAUAAUAUCUCUUUCGUCAAUUGAUGGCGUUCUUGCUCAACUGGCCACAUACGCCUUCGCAACGCCAUUGUAUUUUUCUUUUCAACUGUGGCUGUCUCCAAUUGUCGGAGCACCUUCUGCUCGCGCGAUCGCUGUUCCGCCAGUGAUUCUUAAUGCGAUCCCGCUCGUUUUCCUCAUUGCGUAUCAUGUACCUUCCUUACUGAUGGUCCUUCCAACCCCGCAAUUCCUUUCCUAUGACCAGAAGCAACUCGUCGUUGCGAUCUGGCAGCCAUGGCCUAUCUACGUUGCCGUCCUGCUCACCACCGUCUAUGUGGUGCUGUCGCCCUUCGCAUCCAAGGAGAAGGCCAACUCUCCCAUAGUGCUGCGACGAGCCUUCCGCAGAGUAUACUUCUUUGCAUUUGCCAGUGCAUCCGUCACCUACGUCGCUAGUGUGGUGCUUUCUCUAUCUGCUAGCCUUGUCCCCGUCCUCUUUAGCGAGAAGUACGCGGCUGCGUUGCACCACAAUGCGGUCUUUGGCCUGACAUUCCCUUGGAAAUAUUCCACGCUUCGUGUUCAGUCUGUUACUGAAGGUGUACACAUCUUCUUGCAGUGGGACUGGCUGAUUGGCUCCGUAGGAGUUCUGCUGUGGGCGAUCAGCAUGUAUGUUUCGGCGCACAAGAAGAUCCUGGGGAAGGUCGGGUGGACUUCCUUGGUAGUGAAAUUGGUUAAUCUUGCACUGCUGGCUGGCCCGGUGGCCGCUGCGGUCGAGCUCAUUUGGGAACGCGAUGAGCUUCUCCUGGAAGUGGCCAUCAAAGAGGAUGUGGUUAAGGAAGCUAUGCAGAAGGCACUGAGAUCUGAAUCUCCUGCUAUCCCCGAGAAGGCAAAAACCCGCAAGGAAAAGAGCUGAAGGGAGAGACUGAAUGACUACGUCUGCUGUUCUGGAGUGUUGGAUAAGCCGACAUUAUUAUUGCCAUCAAAAUUCGAUGUUGCCAGCAGCACUGAAAAUGAUCCUCCUCAAUCUCGACGAGGAUCUAGACAUAUAAAAUCACUAAUCAUUGCAGGUCCACAGAGAAUCCAUUAGCAGAAAGCCUCAUUCGGUGACCAGCAAAUCUUGCCACCAUGAUGUUUUUAUUGGUUAUC